AUGGUGGACUGCCUAGACAAGCGGCUGCAAGUGGAAGCUGUUGCAGUCAUUUCAUACAUGACAACCUAUACCCUGGACAACGAUGUCCUCACCACAGAGCAAAGGCAGUUCUAUGAAGACAACGGGUAUCUGCUCAUUAAGAAGCUCGUUUCUGACAAAGACAUUGAGCGCUUCAGGAAGGAGUUUGUGAGGAUCUGCAACAAGGUGAAUCCACCAGGAGUUCUGAUAACGAGAGACGAGGUCCACAGACCCAACUUUGUUCGGUCUGCAAAAACAGUUAAUAAAGCACAUGAUUUCCAGGAAGAUGAAGAGGUGUUCUGAUACUGUACUCUGCCAGAGAUCCUAAAAUAUGUUGAAUGCUUCACAGGGCCAAACAUAAUGGCCAUGCAGAUGAUGCUGAUAAAUGAACUUCCAGAUCCUGGUAAGCAGAGCUCCAGGGAGAGGGAAAUGCAGAAUUUAAUUAACUACAUUACAGUGUUUUCAAAGUUGAUUUGCUCCUGGACCGCCAUGGAGAGGGCUGACCAGGACAACGGCUGCCUGGUCGUGCAGCCAGGGACACACAAGGAGCCCCUGAAGCCUCACGGCUAUCCAAAGUGGGAGAGUCCACCGAUCAAAUUUUUCCAUGGGCUGCUGGAUUAUGAUGAGAAGAGUCCCAGGAUUCACCUUGUCAUGGAGAAGGGAGACACAGUGUUCUUCCAUCCCCUGCUCAUUCACGGCUCCAGAGCAAACAAGACAUCAGGUUGCGAAGGUAUAAGCUGUUGCUUCACCAGCUCAGAGUGCUACUACAUUGAUGUCAAGAACACAGACCAAGAGCACCUGGAGAAAAAAGUAAUUGAAUUUGGACAUGCAAAAUACAAAGCGACUUCUGCCUCAGACCUUGUGGUAAUUUUAAAUCGUGACCUUAUCUUGUAA